AUGGCUGAUCCAGUGUCAUUUCUCGUCGGAGGAGUCAGCAUCGCUGAAGUUUCUUUCCGGGUGAUCAACUAUCUCAAGGCCGUCAAGAUGGCUGCUGAGACCAUCGACGAUGAUAUCGAAGGUUUAAUCAACGAGGUUGAGGGGUUGAUGGUAGUACAUGGGCAGUUGGAACAAGAGUUCCUUAGGAAUGUCAAUAAUGACGCCUUAGGAGAGGAGGAAAAGAUGCUGUGGUUCAACACGGGACAGACGCUCAAGAAUGGCCAGAAGCUUACCCAAAAGCUCGAAGUUUCCGUAAGGCAUAUCUACGGGGAGAAACGAAUGGUCAGUGGGAAACGAGAUGCCUUGAUCAAACAACAUCGCAAACGAACCAAGGACGGCAUCAUCUCUGGGCUCAGGGACCAAAUUGGGACUUGUCACGGAGGCCUGCAGAUGUGGCUCAGUUGCAUUUCCAUGCGUUCGACUCGUGAGAAUCGUGAGGACCAGAAGUCACAGCUCGAACAGCUGGGCACGUUAGUCAGGGGGCUCGAAAGCCAACUGGAGCAUAUGCAAGACACAGCAUUGCCCCCAUAUGAAAGCAUAGCAGGCUCCGCAGUAUAUACCGACUUCACGUUGGUAUCUUUGUCAGUGCUUAACCAGAUCCGCACAUCAAUCAAUAUCUUCGGAAACAGCGUCACGCAUACUACAUCGAUGACAAACAAGCAUUUUGAUACACCCAAGCCCGUAGAUCAAUUCUAUACCGGCCGAACAGACCAGGCGGAGCAGUUGAAUAACUGGCUGUUGACCAAGGACUACGAAAGACGGGACAUGUCACCCGAAAAGACACACGCAAAGCAGAAACGCUUUGUAAUAUAUGGCGUUGGAGGAUCAGGAAAGACACAAUUCUGUUGCAAGUUUGCCGAGGAUAACAGGGACUACUUCUGGGGCAUCUUUUGGGUUGACGGAAGCAGCCGACAACGGCUCAAACAAACCUUCUCCCAGAAUGUGUCAAUCAUUGGGGGGGUAGGGGCCAAUGAAAAUGCCGCACUCAAUUGGUUGUCAAACCUUAAUGAACCUUGGUUACUCAUUAUUGAUAACGCUGACGACCCUGACCUCAAGCUUGAAGAAUAUUUUCCACGAGGAAAUCGGGGUCACAUCCUGAUUACGACCCGGGACCCGCUCAACAAAUCAUAUGGAACCGUCGGUAAUGGGUUCUUCGAAUUUCAAGGGUUAAAGAACGAUGAUGCGAGCUGUUUACUUCUCAGAGCUGCUGGACAAGUAAAGCCGUGGGAUUCCACUAUAUCCAAUAUUGCUACGACUAUUGCGAAAACACUUGGAUAUCUCGCGCUAGCAAUCACUCAAGCAGGCAGAACAAUCCGUCAAGGCUACUGCAAGCUUCACGAAUACCUGGACUUCUAUGAACGGCAAUGGAAGAAGACGAGACAAGGAAGGCAAGCCGUGAAGGUACGAGACACCGCCGACGAUUUGAGUGUCUUCGCAACCUUUGAGUUAAAUCGACGAGCUAUAGAAGCCCGAGAUACUGAGGCUUCUAGGGAUGCGCUGCAAUUACUUAACACUUUCGCAUUCUUGCACAACCAGAAUAUAAACUUCGAUAUCAUGAAAAAAGCGGUGACGAAUUCAAAGGUGGAGAGUAUGCAGCAUGAGGAGAACAAAAAGAAGGAAGCGCAGAUAAGAGCUGCUAGUCCGCCGCCUGACUGGCCAACAUGGUGGAAGAAGACUAUGUCUGCCAUCCUCGCCUUCAUUUACAAGAAUCGAAGCCCACAUGUUUUACCUAGUGUUAUCCGCGAUGGCCGGGAAUCAAAGGAAUUUGACCCAGAUCGUUUACGCGCCGCUCUACGGCAGCUCGCACAGUUCUCAUUGGUCACACACAGCGAGAAGAUUGACAGUUACUCCAUUCACCCACUUGUGCACAAGUGGGCGCGUGAAAGACCUGAUAUGAGCAUCGCGGAGCAGGGUGUCUGGUCGGAAGCUGCGGCAGUGCUGCUUUCCAGUUGCAUUUUGAUCCCACCUCUCGGCAACACUAGGGAGGAGGAACAUAUGCGAACAUACCUCUUACCCCACGUCGACCAUGUACGUCAAUGUCAGGCGUCGAUAGAGCAGCGCAUGAGAGACAAACGCAUGGCUCGGAUGAAACCAUGGCCUAUAUUCGAGGGUGGCUUCAACGGAGAGAAAGCACUUAUGUAUGCGAAGUUCAGCCUCGUUUACGCCCAGAAUGGACACUGGGAGGAAGCAAAGAGAUUACAAUUGGCUGUUAAAGACUUCACAAUGCAAGUUUUGGGCUUGGAACAUGCUAAUACCCGUCGCAUCAUGCUAGUGCUAUCGGAUACUCUGUUCCACCUUGGCCAGAGCGAUGAUGCUGCCGCCUUGCAAAAACAAGUCCUGGACGCUUGCACCACCCAUAUGGGUGCUGAUCACCACGAUACACUGGUUGCGAAGUGCAAACUUGGAGAGUCUCGAUUUUUGCAGGGUCGUCAUAGCGACGCGAAGAAGUUACAGGAAGAGGCUGUUACCGCCUUGACUGAACGUCAUGGUCUUUACCACGAAGACACUCUCAAUGCGAUCGAUGAUCUCGGGCGAACGGUCCUGAUGUUCUACACCGAUGAGUCCAUUAAGCGAGCUCGGGAACUGCAUCUAACAGCCGUAGAUGGAAUGAAAAAGGUACACGGGCACGAUCAUUCGCGCACUCUCAAAGCAUGCGAAAACCUCUGUGCGGCUGCUGUACAAAGCGGCGAUCAGAACCAUUUGGAGGAUGCCCACGAAAUGAUGAUUCAAGUGUUCGAGACCCGGAAAGAAAAUUUAGGUAGAGAGCACGCGUAUACGCUCCUCGCCAUGGUGAACCUGGCUCUCGUCAAAAGCGGGCUAGGCAAUCUUAGAGGCGCCGAAGAAUUGAUCCUAUUGGCUUUACCAAUCGCUGAGCGCAAUCUAGGUAGCGAUCAUAUGGGUUGUCUUUGGGGCCGCUACCAUCUCGGAAAGAUAUUAGUGCGGCAACAAAGAUGGGAAGAGGCCGAACGGUACCUCGUCGAUGUUACAGAACGCCAGCGCAAUCUUCUUCAGGGUAGAGGACAGUAUCAUCCGGAUAGAGUGGGUUCGCUGGUGGAGCUGGCUGCGGCAUAUAACGCACUGGGUAAAUUCGAGGAGUGUAAUAGAGCAGUGGACGAGGCGCUAGAUGUAUUAGAGAAGAUUAGCACCAAAGAAGUUAUCACUCCCAAUUGGGAUAAGGAUUGGAUACUUCUAGAGGAUAAUGAUAAUGCGCAUGGCACUCGUGGCAAGGCCGAAAACAAAGUCAAAAAGGCCAAAGCUCGUCUAGGGAUCCAAUGGGAAGCUAAUUGCCCAGAAUCGCCAGAUUUGAACCCUAUUGAGAGUAUCUGGAGGUUGUUGAAGCAGAGGCUAAAGAAUCGAGGCCUUAUUACUGAUCCAGAGGAGCUGCGGCGGGCAAUUGAGGAGGAAUGGGAUAAAAUAACUCUGGAGGAGAUCAAUAAGGCAAUUGCUACGAUGCCCAAAAGAGUAGCUGCUGUAAAUGAGCGAAAUGGUCUUCCUAUACCAUUUUGA